AAAAGGUAAAGACAGAAUUGUUCCCAAUGGACAGAUUGAGCGGCAAUAACAAAGUAAACAUAGGGAAUAAUGUUAAGACAAAAAAGAGGGUCUAAAUGUAAGUAUUUGAAUUGCAUAUAAAACUUCAAUCCAUUUGGAUUACACAGUUUUAUCAUGAACAGACACGAGUUUGUUUCUUCAUCAUGUUUGUAGAAAUGCGUCUCUGCAUCAGUGUCUCAGCAAUGGAUGCUCUGCAGUGAAUGGGUGCCGUCAGAAUGAGAGUCUGAUAAAAACAUCACAAUAAUCCACAGCACUCCAGUCCGUCAGUUAACAUCCGGAGAAGACAAAAGCUGAAACAAAUCCACCAUUAAGACGCUUUUAACUAAAAUACGAGUUUGUAAUCUAUGAUAACGCUUUGUUUGGACUCUCAUUCUGACGGCACCCAUUCACUGCAGAGCAUCCAUUGGUGAGCAAGUGAUGUGAUGCUGCAUUUCUCCAAAUCUGAUGAAGAAUGAAACUCAUCUACGUCUUGGAUGGCCCAAGGGUGAGCACCUUUUUAUUUUUUUGGGUGAACUAUUCAUUUAAUUUGACGUAUAUUUGCCCAUUCAUACAUGUGUGAAACUAUCUAUCUAUCUAACUAAAUAAAAUUAAAAUGCAUUUAUUCAAAUUGCUUGGAAUCAGCAUAAAUCUGUUCAUUCUGAAAACUACUGCAUUUAUUCAGUUAAAAAAAAAAAGUAUGAAUUUAAAACCAUUUAAAAUAUGUCUAGUGUUGGAACAAAGAAUAGUCAAUGCAUCUAUUCAGUUUAUGUUAAUAAUCCAAAUGGAUGAACAUUUUAUAUGCAAUUCAAAUACAUAAAUCUUAGAUUUAGGCCUAUAGGAGUGUUUGUACCUAAAUAUUUGGGAGGAGCAAUAGUGCCAAGUUGGUUAUCAAUGACAUUGAUAUCUAUUUACCUAAUUGUUAUUUCCAUUCAAAGCCAUCUUCUUAAACUAAGCUGUUGAAUGUGAUGUUUUGAGAAUUAAACACCAUUUCUGCUGAUACAGAACACUGUGUUUAGUAGCUUGACUAACAAUUGACCUGUCGGUAAGCCCCACCCCUUAGUUACUGUUGCUACUGUCUUGCAGUGACAGCUGUCAGUGUGAAAACCUUGUCGCACGAUGUAUUUGAUCAAUUUUGGACUCAGAAGGACCAUCAUUCAAGUGGGACUUAAAUAUGCCAAGGAGGGAUAAAAGAUUUUAAAAUAAAUAUGUAAAAAUACAGAUCACAAUGCAAACAGGAGAAGUCUCGUCACGAUCACAAUGACAACAUCCCGGAUCAGCACUGUUCAUUAAGAUUAAAUUCAUUUACAUUUAACCAGUUUAAUAAGGAGAGGCAUUGAAAUGUACCUUUGUGUACGUGUUUUUGACCUACACUGCACAAGACGUGAGAACAGUCGCUAUUUAGGUUUGUAGCGUGGACACACUAACUUUAACGUUAGAUGGUUUUAGCCAGAGAUACCUUGCUGAAACGCAAGAUGACACUAAUGUUAUGCAGCUAUAUUUUUUUAUUUUUUUAUGCGAUAUUCCAAAAUGUGCAUAAAAAUAGGUGGAUAGUAUGACAACCAGAAAAUUAACGUGAAAAGCACUUUCCAGUAUUGUUAUUGUGUGCCUACUUUACAGAAAGCAGUCGUCUUUAGGCAUGUGUUAGCUAUUAUUCAUAAAUAACAUAUUUCAGUAAUGUUUAUGAUUAUUCUCUUUUAACAUCACUAAUAUAGUAGUGCAUAUUGUUCUAAUUAUAAAUUAUGAAAUUACCAGAAAUAAAAUAGAGCAAAAUCUUGCACAGACUGAUUUUAUGAGAACAGAACCUGCAGUUUGAAAUCUGACUAUGAGCAUUAUAAAAUGUAAUAUACACUAAUUAUGGGUACUCAAUUUUUUUGGACUUGAUUACGUAUUCCAGAUUACAUGCUACCCAGCACUUGUCACUAUUAAGGGGAAUCAGAAGGGGAUCUGGCGCCCCGAUAUUGCGCAACAGCCCAGUAGGCGGCGACGGCGGCGUGCAAUCGGUCUGCGAACCACCAACGAAGAAGAACAACAGCGCGAUCCGCCAAUAAACGAAAGAAGAAGAACAACAAUAAUACACGCUUUAAAGUCGUGCGGCGCGUUUCAUGUCUGCCAAAUCAAGAAACACACUUUAAAGUGUCGCCAGGUCGGUGUGCCCUUUAACUGUCCUAAAGAAGUAUGCGAGUUGGGCAUAUUCUCAUCUCAUCGUCCUAAACGCGAAGAAGAUUAGUUUUCAAGCAAGCAGGAGUAACUCCAGAUGAAUCUUCAGAGAUAUGUGUAGUACAUACUUUUGCAAUUCAAACACACUACUAUAACGAUGGCGGUUAUUAAAGAGGAGAUUGAAGACACGAGUUAUUCAGAAACAUGCAGAGUGAAAGAUGAAGAUACAGAAGAACAGAGAGAUUUGAUGGUGAAAGAAGAAAAUGAAAACCUAAAAGAUGAGAAGCACCAUGAAUAUCAGAAUUCCUCUGAAUUCAAUCCUGCAGAAAAAGCUUUAAGUUGCUCACAGAGUGAUGAGCAUUUGAACCAAGAGCCUUCAUUAACCUGCCCUGAAUGUGGAAGGAGUUUCAAACAAAAACAUUUCCUGACCAGACACAUGAGAGUUCACACUCCAAAGAAGCCCUUCACGUGUGUGGAGUGUAGAAAGAGUUUCUCACACAACGAAAGGCUAAAUACGCACAUGAGAAUCCACACCGGAGAGAAGCCGUUCACAUGUCCUCAGUGCGGAAAGAGAUUCACACAGAAAUCAAACCUGAACACUCAUGUGAAGAUUCACACUGGAGAAAAACCCUUUGUGUGUCAUCACUGUGGAAAGAGCUUCACCUACAAAGGAAACCUUAAUAUGCAUGUGCGAAUUCACCGAGAGAAGCUGUUCACAUGCCCUCAAUGUGGACUGAGUUUCACCGAGAAAAAACUCCUUAAGAAUCACAUACGAAUUCACACCGGAGAGAAACCCUUCACGUGUCUUCAGUGCGGAACGAGUUUCACGCGGAAAAGCAACCUGAUGAUUCACAUGAGGAUUCACACUCGAGAGAAACCCUACAAGUGCUCACACUGUGGAAAGAGCUUCGCUCAGUCAAGAUCCCUGAAAACCCACGAGCGACUGCACGCCGCAGCGAAGCCGUAUCACUGCGCUUCAUAUUUGAUGGUGAAAGAAGAAAAUGAAAACCUAAAAGACGAGAAGCACCAUGAAUAUCAGAAUUCCUCUGAAUUCAAUCCUGCAGAAAAAGCUUUAAGUUGCUCACAGAGUGAUGAGCAUUUGAACCAAGAGCCUUCAUUAACCUGCCCUGAAUGUGGAAGGAGUUUCAAACAAAAACAUUUCCUGACCAGACACAUGAGAGUUCACACUCCAAAGAAGCCCUUCACGUGUGUGGAGUGUAGAAAGAGUUUCUCACACAACGAAAGGCUAAAUACGCACAUGAGAAUCCACACCGGAGAGAAGCCGUUCACAUGUCCUCAGUGCGGAAAGAGAUUCACACAGAAAUCAAACCUGAACACUCAUGUGAAGAUUCACACUGGAGAAAAACCCUUUGUGUGUCUUCACUGUGGAAAGAGCUUCACCUACAAAGGAAACCUUAAUAUGCAUGUGCGAAUUCACCGAGAGAAGCUGUUCACAUGCCCUCAAUGUGGACUGAGUUUCACCGAGAAAAAACUCCUUAAGAAUCACAUACGAAUUCACACCGGAGAGAAACCCUUCACGUGUCUUCAGUGCGGAACGAGUUUCACGCGGAAAAGCAACCUGAUGAUUCACAUGAGGAUUCACACUCGAGAGAAACCCUACAAGUGCUCACACUGUGGAAAGAGCUUCGCUCAGUCAAGAUCCCUGAAAACCCACGAGCGACUGCAUGCCGCAGCGAAGCCGUAUCACUGCGCUUCAUGUAGGAGGAGAUUCAGUUCAUCAAGAAAUCUACAGAUUCAUAGAAAAACACGCUGCUCACUGGCCAAAGAAAUGAACACCAUCAACACACUCGCCGAUGCGGAAUCAGGAGCAGUUUGGAGAAGAAAAUCCCCAAACAAAUCUGACAUUACACACCCAUCGGAAAAAACAGAGGAAAGUCCAGAACUGAAUGAAGCGCCGUGGAACCGUGAAUCUGACCAUCAGUAUCAGAAACCUCAGCAUAUCACAGCUGGAGAAAAACCACUGAGUCCAUCACAGAGCGCCGGUCAGGAGCGAACUACAGCGAGCCCAGCGCGGCCGUUCACGUGCCUUCAGUGCGGGAAGACCUUCAAACGAGCCACGGAUGUCAAAGGUCACCUGCGCUAUCACUCCGGCGAGAGGCCGUUCACCUGCGACCAGUGCGGGAAAAAAUUCAUCCUGGCGUCGCACUUAAAAACACACCUGUCCAUUCAUUCAAACGAGAAGCCUUUCUUGUGCUCUAUCUGUGGCAAGAGUUUCUCGCGCCUCUGCACUUUCAAAGAUCACGAGAACAUCCACACCGGCGUGAGAGCGCACGCUUGCUCCGAGUGCGGGAACGCCUUCAUCACGGCCAACGCACUGAAGAUGCACCAGCGCGUUCACACCGGAGAGAAACCCUACAAGUGCUCGCACUGCGGCAGGAGCUUCAGUCACUCCGGAGCGCUGAAGAGACACGAGCGCGUUCACACCGGAGAGAGACCCUACCACUGCCCUCUGUGCGGCAGGAGAUUCACUCAGUCCAGCAAUCUGCUGACCCACGUCAAGAGACACUGUCCGAAGUCACGCUGAUCAAACCAGCACCACAUGAAGAUACAGUGACAGCGUUGUAGCACUCGAGACCGGUCUCGGUCUCAGACUCAGAGGACUCAAGACCACAACUGCGGGGAUAUCACUAAAUUGUCUGAUUUAUUUACAACCAUCAUUUGAUGUAAAACUUCCUGCUUCAAAUGCAAUCAAUAACUAAUUAAAUAACUAAAUAACAAAAAUAAAUUAUUUGAUUUAUACCA